GUGUGCCUUGGCCGUCGCCUUGGCGCACAACCCACCGCACCAGCCAGGCGCACGGCCAGCACGCACGCUCGCCACUCCCGUCGCGCCGCCUCCUUGCUGGCUCCUCCCCCGCCUUCGCCGCGCGCCGCCACUUACCGUCGCGUCACCUUCUCUGCUUCUCUCCAGCCUCCGACCACCGUAGACCCGUACUCCCAUAGCGCGCUGCCUCGGUCCCUACGUCGCUGCACGCCUGCACACGGCGGAGGUGCUCCCGGGUACUCCGGCAGAAUCCAAAAACCGAGCCAAAUUGUCGGGUUUUUUUUUUCUAAUUUCGUUCGUCAUUUUGGGUUCGAAAUUACUUAACCGAGCCAAACACCGAACUACACCAACCGAAUCUUCGGUUUCUACCCACCAAACGCCCACGCCUCUUGCUGCUCCACGCCGGACUCGCCACCGGAGGAGGGCCAAACCGAAUCCGAAUAAAGCCACCAAGUCAAUGCAGUUCGCGAUCACCACCACCGCCGUCUCCGCGAACCCGCAUCUGAAGCCUCUGGUCUCCUUCCCGCGGCCGUCGCCCCAGCACCGGGUCCGAGUCCACCCUCCUCGCCACCGCCCGAACACGAGGGCGAGCGCCAUGGCCUCCUCGGCGACGCAGGAGCUCACCAUCACGCGCCCCGACGACUGGCACCUCCACCUCCGCGACGGCGACGUGAUGGCCGCUGUGCUCCCCCACAGCGCGAGGCACUUUCAGAGAGCCAUCGUCAUGCCCAACCUGAAGCCCCCGGUUACAACAACGGCACGUGCGAUCGCGUACAGAGAUGAGAUCAUGAAGGCGCUGCCUCCCGGCAGCAGCUUCGUGCCGCUCAUGACGCUCUACCUCACGGACAGCACUAGCCCGGAAGAAAUUAAGAUUGCAAGAAAGAGUGGUGUGGUUUUUGCUGUCAAGUUGUAUCCUGCUGGAGCAACUACUAACUCCCAAGAUGGCGUAACUGAUAUUUUGGGGAAAUGCUUGCCUGUCCUUGAAGAGAUGGUUAAGCAGGAAAUGCCUUUACUUGUUCAUGGAGAAGUCACAGAUCCUCAUGUCGAUACCUUUGACCGUGAGAAGGUCUUCAUUGAGAAAAUAUUAGCACCACUUGUACAAAAACUUCCACAGCUGAAAAUCGUUAUGGAACAUAUCACUACGAUGGAUGCAGUGAACUUCGUAGAAUCAUGCAAAGAAGGUCAUGUUGCUGCAACAGUGACUCCACAGCAUCUCCUUCUAAACAGGAAUGCGUUGUUUCAGGGUGGUUUACAGCCUCACAAUUAUUGCUUGCCAGUGCUGAAGAGAGAAACUCACAGGCAAGCUAUUGUUUCUGCUGUAACAAGUGGGAGCAGACAAUACUUUCUUGGCACUGACAGUGCUCCCCAUGAUAAACGGAUGAAGGAGUGUUCCUGUGGAUGUGCAGGAAUAUAUAGCGCUCCUGUUGCUCUUUCUCUUUAUGCGAAGGUAUUUGAAGAGGUCGGUGCUCUUGAUAAGCUAGAGGCGUUUACAAGCUUCAAUGGGCCAGAUUUUUAUGGACUCCCAAGGAACACAUCAAAGAUUGUUCUGAGAAGGAGCCCCUGGAAAGUGCCUGCAACUUAUGCGUACGGUUCAGGGGUGAUUGUGCCUAUGUCCACCGGCAACACUCUGGAAUGGCUUCCGUCCGAUCAGCCUGAAGAAUAAGCAAAUUACAGACGAUCCAUUUGGGGGAGAAACAGUAAGUGGAGCCGUUCCAUCUCCCCCUUUAAAGUAGAAUGAGCCUGACAAACAUGGUUUUGGUUGUAAACUUACCCCGUGUGGGAUUCCUAAAAGCAACUUUGUAAGAGCAACUUAUUCGAAGCAAGAGCGAAAAAGUCUUCGUCUGAAUAAAAGAAAAGAGGUUCUUGUUGA